AUGGUUUAUCGUACCCCUUACGGAAGAUCUCGCUCUUCUGAUCACUUUUUUGAUGAUUUUUCCCGAAGAUCUGUUCUCCCUUAUUGGAGAGAUGCAGAUCACAGCUCUUUCAAUUUUUCUGAUACUGUUGGAGAGGUCAUCAACGACGACUCAAAAUAUGCUGUCCAAUUGGAUGUAUCUCAUUUCAGACCAGAAGAUAUGAAGAUUCAAUUGGAUGGAAGAGAGCUUAAAAUCGAAGGAUGUCAAGAGAUGAAAUCUGAGCAUGGAUAUUCGAAAAGAUGCUUCUCGAAGAUGUUCCUGAUGCCAGAGGACGUUGAUUUGACUGCUCUCAGAUCUGCGAUUUCCAACGACGGAAAGCUUCAAAUCGAAGCCCCAAAAGGCUCUGCCAACAGUUCUCGUGCUAUUCCAAUUAGCUUCGUUGAAAAACAUUGA